UAAUCCACACGCACCCGACGCUUCCCAGCUUCCGUGCAAGCGCCGCGGUUUGCUGGACGGGGACGGGGGUCCACUCGGCCGAGCGCUUCAGAGAAAAGAAAGCUUACCCCGCCAGCUGAAGUUUCUUGCGGGCUUCCGCCCCUCGGCCGGUCAAUUCCCGGAGCUUGGGCCUCACCGGGCCGCGCGCCCAGCGUCCAGGACGAGCCGGGGCGAUGGUGCAGAUGGAGACGCAACUGCAGAGCAUUUUUGAGGAUGUGGUGAAAACGGAAAUUAUAGAAGAGGCUUUUCCUGGAAUGUUCAUGGACACCCCUGAAGAUGAAAAGACAAAACUAAUUAGCUGUCUGGGAGCCUUCAGACAGUUUUGGGGUGGUCUUUCUCAGGAAUCUCAUGAACAGUGCAUCCAGUGGAUUGUUAAAUUUAUUCAUGGCCAGCAUAGUCCUAAAAGAAUUUCUUUUCUCUAUGACUGUUUAGCAAUGGCAGUAGAGACUGGUCUCCUUCCACCCAGAAUGGUUUGUGAAUGCCUGAUAAACUCUGACACACUUGAAUGGGAAAGAACACAACUUUGGGCCCUAACAUUUAAGCUGGUCCGGAAAAUAAUUGGGGGAGUGGAUUACAAGGGUGUUCGGGAUCUCUUAAAAGUGAUUUUGGAGAAAAUCUUGACAAUUCCCAAUACAGUGAGCUCAGCUGUUGUACAGCAACUUCUAGCAGCAAGAGAGGUUAUAGCAUAUAUCCUGGAAAGAAAUGCUUGUUUAUUACCAGCCUACUUUGCAGUUACAGAGAUCAGGAAACUAUAUCCUGAGGGAAAACUUCCACACUGGUUACUUGGAAACCUGGUAUCAGACUUUGUGGAUACCUUCAGACCCACAGCAAGAAUAAACUCCAUUUGUGGCCGCUGCAGCCUUCUGCCAGUUGUAAAUAACUCAGGAGCCAUUUGUAAUUCAUGGAAAUUGGACCCUGCAACUCUUCGUUUUCCUUUGAAAGGCCUUUUGCCAUAUGAUAAGGAUCUGUUUGAACCCCAGACUGCUUUGUUGAGAUAUGUAUUGGAGCAGCCUUAUUCCAGGGAUAUGGUCUGCAAUAUGCUAGGUUUAAAUAAGCAGACCUUGAACAUUGCUCAGCACAAGCAGCGCUGCCCUGUGCUGGAGGACCAGUUGGUGGAUCUGGUGGUUUAUGCCAUGGAGCGGUCCGAGACUGAGGAGAAAUUUGACGAUGGGGGAACAAGCCAACUCCUGUGGCAGCACCUCUCGAGUCAGCUCAUUUUCUUUGUGCUUUUCCAGUUUGCAAGUUUUCCACAUAUGGUCCUUUCUCUUCAUCAGAAGUUAGCAGGGCGAGGACUGAUUAAAGGCAGAGAUCAUCUAAUGUGGGUUCUCCUGCAAUUCAUUUCUGGAAGUAUUCAGAAAAAUGCACUAGCUGAUUUUCUCCCUGUCAUGAAGCUCUUUGACCUUCUAUACCCAGAAAAAGAAUAUAUUCCAGUUCCUGAUAUUAACAAACCCCAGUCAACUCAUGCCUUUGCAAUGACUUGCAUUUGGAUUCAUCUCAAUAGAAAAGCCCAAAAUGACAACUCCAAGCUACAGAUUCCAAUACCUCAUUCCCUAAAGCUUCACCAUGAGUUCCUACAGCAGAGUCUCAGAAAUAAAAGUUUACAAAUGAAUGAUUAUAAGAUUGCCUUGCUGUGUAAUGCAUACUCUACAAAUUCAGAAUGUUUUACAUUGCCCAUGGGAGCUCUGGUAGAAACUAUUUAUGGAAAUGGGAUUAUGAGAGUACCUCUUCCUGGAACGAGCUGCUUGGCUUCAGCAUCGAUUACUCCCUUACCCAUGAAUCUGCUGGAUUCACUGACAGUUCAUGCCAAAAUGAGCCUUAUCCAUAGCAUCGCUACCAGAGUGAUAAAACUUGCUCAUGCAAAAUCCAGUGUGGCCUUGGCUCCAGCCCUAGUGGAAACGUACAGUCGUUUAUUGGUCUAUAUGGAAAUAGAGUCUUUGGGCAUCAAAGGAUUUAUCACUUUUAUAAUUGGUGCCUUAAAUUGUCUUGUUCCUGAAGGUCAACUUUUGCCAACUGUUUUCAAGUCCCAUGCCUGGGGGAUCUUACACACACUUCUUGAGAUGUUUAGCUACCGGAUGCACCACAUCCAGCCUCAUUACAGAGUGCAGCUCUUGAGCCAUCUUCAUACUCUAGCCGCAGUUGCACAAACAAACCAGAACCAGCUCCAUCUCUGUGUUGAGAGCACUGCACUUAGGCUUAUAACAGCAUUAGGGAGCUCAGAGGUACAGCCACAGUUCACACGCUUCCUGAGUGAUCCCAAAACAGUGCUGUCUGCAGAAUCUGAAGAGCUAAACCGAGCCUUGAUACUGACCUUAGCUAGAGCAACUCACGUAACAGAUUUUUUUACAGGCUCUGAUUCAAUUCAGGGAACUUGGUGUAAAGACAUACUUCAGACCAUCAUGAGUUUUACUCCUCAUAAUUGGGCAUCACACACUCUUAGCUGUUUUCCAGGCCCACUACAGGCAUUCUUCAAGCAGAAUAAUGUACCUCAGGAAAGCCGUUUUAAUCUGAAAAAAAAUGUGGAGGAGGAAUAUAGGAAGUGGAAGUCAAUGACCAAUGAAAAUGACAUCAUUACCCACUUCUCUAUGCAAGGCUCUCCUCCGCUCUUCCUUUGUCUUCUCUGGAAAAUGCUCUUGGAAACAGAUCAUAUUAAUCAGAUUGGCUAUAGAGUAUUAGAAAGAAUUGGAGCCAGGGCCUUGGUAGCCCAUGUGAGAACAUUUGCAGAUUUCUUAGUAUAUGAGUUCUCUACAUCAGCUGGAGGUCAGCAACUCAACAAAUGCAUUGAAAUUCUUAAUGACAUGGUAUGGAAGUAUAACAUUGUUACAUUGGACAGAUUGAUUCUCUGCUUGGCCAUGCGUAGUCAUGAAGGAAAUGAAGCCCAGGUUUGUUAUUUCAUAAUUCAGUUGCUGUUACUCAAACCAAAUGAUUUUAGAAAUCGAGUAAGUGACUUUGUGAAGGAAAAUUCUCCAGAGCACUGGCUACAGAACGACUGGCACACCAAGCAUAUGAAUUAUCACAAGAAAUACCCUGAGAAACUAUAUUUUGAGGGCCUGGCAGAGCAGGUUGAUCCUCCUGUGCAGAUCCAGUCUCCCUAUCUACCCAUCUAUUUUGGAAAUGUGUGUCUUCGAUUUCUCCCAGUAUUUGAUAUAGUAAUCCACAGAUUUUUAGAAUUGCUUCCAGUUUCCAAAUCACUGGAGACUCUACUAGAUCACCUUGGUGGCUUAUAUAAAUUUCAUGAUCGCCCUGUGACUUAUUUGUAUAAUACUCUACACUAUUACGAAAUGCACCUGAGAGACCGCCCACAUCUCAAGCGAAAGCUUGUCCAUGCCAUCAUUGGCUCACUCAAGGAUAAUCGGCCACAAGGCUGGUGUCUAAGUGACACAUAUCUGAAGUGUGGCAUGAAUGCUCGAGAAGAAAAUCCGUGGGUCCCAGAUGACUCCUACUAUUGCAGAUUGAUUGGCAGACUAGUAGAUACAAUGGCUGGCAAAUCUCCUGGUCCAUUCCCAAACUGUGACUGGAGAUUCAAUGAGUUUCCCAACCCAGCUGCCCAUGCACUACAUGUUACCUGUGUGGAGCUCAUGGCCUUGGCUGUUUCAGGCGAAGAUGUUGGAAACGCUCUUCUAAAUGUUGUCCUGAAAAGUCAGCCAUUAGUACCAAGAGAGAAUAUUACAGCAUGGAUGAAUGCAAUUGGACUGAUCAUCACUGCACUACCAGAGCCAUAUUGGAUUGUCCUGCAUGAUCGAAUUGUGAGUGUUAUCAGCAGUCCCAGCUUGACAUCCGAGUCAGAGUGGGUUGGCUAUCCAUUCCGCCUCUUUGAUUUCACUGCUUGUCAUCAGUCCUACUCCGAGAUGAGCUGCAGCUAUACAUUAGCUCUUGCACAUGCUGUGUGGCACCAUUCUAGCAUUGGGCAACUUUCUCUCAUUCCCAAGUUUCUCACUGAAGUCCUUCUUCCUGUAGUGAAGACUGAAUUCCAGUUGCUUUAUGUGUACCAUCUUGUGGGACCAUUUUUACAAAGAUUUCAGCAAGAGAGAACUCGGUGUAUGAUAGAGAUUGGCGUGGCAUUUUAUGACAUGUUACUGAAUGUAGACCAGUGUAGCACCCACUUAAAUUACAUGGAUCCCAUCUGUGACUUCCUAUAUCAUAUGAAGUAUAUGUUUACUGGUGACAGCGUAAAAGAACAAGUAGAGAAGAUUAUUUGUAAUUUAAAACCAGCUUUAAAACUUCGUCUUCGAUUCAUCACACACAUUAGCAAGAUGGAACCACCUGCAGUGCCUCCACAAGCCAUAAAUAGUGGGUCUCCAGCUCCUCAGUCUAAUCAGGUGCCAGUGUCAUUACCAGUAACUCAGUGAAGUCCUCUCAUGUACGGUGUUGACAAUGGAAAUACAUUUGUCUUUGAAAAUGGACUCUAAUCUAUUAAAUCUGAACAUAAUCAGGCUACAUAGUGGUGUAGUAGAAGCAGUGAUGUUCAGAUUGUCUUAUUUUGAUUCAAACGAUGAAUCUACUGAUACUUUAUGACUCCCACCUCUCUAUCUAUAUUUUUGUCUCUAAGAGAUCAAGUAAGCUACAUGUUGGCCAUAUCUAUAACUGUUAGUGCUACCUAGUAAUACGGAGGGUAUCUGUGGUCAAAUGAGUUUCAUUAGAUACUUCCAGUCUUUCUUAUUCUAGCCACUGGUUUUAUUUUUAAUUUUUAUUGUUAAUGACUUCAGUGUUCAAAUAUAUUGGAAAAGAGUUCUCAAAUGAUUUUAUACAUAAGUCUCUUUUGGUGUAUGUUUGGGAUAAGAGAUUUUUUUUUUGUCAAGUGAAGGCCUCUAGAUUUCAUUGCAUCUCAGGACCAAACACAGUUGCAUAUUCUUUUAAAAAUGGCUUAAAAUUUUUACCAUAGGCUUCCAAAUAAAUGGGUUAAUGGUUCUAUCAACGUAGAUUGGCAAGUUAGUUGCCUUUGCUGUGGACUUGAACUUAUUGUAUGAAAUGAGUUGGAAGCCAUGUAAGAAAAUAACAUAGAGGGACACCUGGGUGGCUCAGUGGUUGAGCAUCUGCCUUUGGUUCAGGGCGUGACCGUGGGGUCCCAGGAUCGAGUCCCACAUCAAGCUCUCUGCGUGGAGCCUGCUUCUCCCUCUGCCUGUGUCUCUGCCUCUCUCUCUCUUUCUGUCUCUCAUGAAUAAAUAAAUAAAUAAAAUCUUUAAAAAAUAAAUAACAUAGAAAUGCAUACACUUAAUAAAAUCAUGCUUAAAUGGUGAUUCUCCAAUCUCUGUUAUUUAAAACAAAUUAAUUGCUUUCCAAGUUUGACACUUUGACCUGGCCUAUGAUGCGAUUCUUUAAAUUUUUAUAAAAAAUCUUAAAAUUUUUAAGUAUUUGUAUUUUUAAAUAUAGCAUAGUUUUUGGUUCUUUAGGGUUUAUCAGAUUUUGAAAGACAAACUGUUAAUUUGGGCAGAGAGAGAAUGGCAUUAAGAUUGUAAAAGACUUGAAAAAUAAUCAGUAAAAUCUGUUGGAUAAAUAAACGGUUUGAUUAUUUAUUCAGUCUGAA